CAUUUACAUGUCAGAAUCAGUGUUUUAAUCUGUGUGAAUAUCGGAAGAAACCGGACGACGCACUUUACCUUUUAUAUUUUAUUAAAUUAUAAUAAAUUAUUGUCUUGUAGACUGUAGCGCCGUGAACAUCAGUGAUUGACGGGUUUUUGAAACUAUCGCAAUAAUUUAUAUCCGCAUUAGCUAUAUAUUUGAUUGAUUGUCAAUAUUAUAAUCUUAUUAGAACUCUAAUUGCAUAACAAUGCCGGCCAAAGCAGUGUGUGUAUUAAACGGUGAUGUUAGCGGCACAGUUUUCUUCGACCAGAAGGAUGCUAAUUCUCCAGUCAUCGUUAGUGGAGAAGUCUCUGGCCUGUCAAAGGGUUUGCACGGUUUCCACAUCCAUGAGUUUGGUGACAAUACAAAUGGAUGCACAUCGGCUGGUCCUCACUUCAACCCUUUGAAACAAGACCACGGAGCCCCCGACGCAGCAGUCAGACAUGUUGGUGAUCUCGGUAACAUUGAAGCUACAUCGGCUGGUGGUGUUACAAAGGUAAACAUCCAAGACUCCCAAAUCUCCCUAACGGGACCGAACAGUAUCGUCGGACGUACGUUGGUAGUCCACGCUGACCCAGAUGACCUCGGAGUAGGAGGUCAUGAGCUUAGCAAGACCACAGGAAAUGCUGGGGCCCGUAUUGCUUGCGGUGUCAUUGGACUAGCCAAAGCAUAAAUUUUUCAUGUUUUUUUUUUUAAAUACUGCCCCUUAUUAAUAAAAAAAAUGUUAAGUGCUAAUUCUCUUGCAGAUAUUAGCUUAUAAAAAUAAUAUAUCUCGUCUCUGAGAAAUAAGUAAAAUGAUUUAAUCAUUUAAAUGUAGUGUUAACAAAGUCUAUUCCAAACUUUGCAUAUUCUGUGCAUUCCGGACGUGUAACAGUAAAUAGUUAUUAUGUUGGUCUAGUUUGUAUCCGGUGCAGGGAAUGUUGGUAUUAGAAAUAUCAGUCUGCAGCUUGGUUAUUCAGUAAAUACUUAUAUUUGAA